CACCACCUCUCACCACCUCUCACCACCUCUCACCACCUCAGGCUUUCUACUAUAACCCACUGAACCACCUCUUUAUUUAUUGAAUUUCAUUUUUCAUCCUGUCAAGCUAGCGUUUUCCGUUUGUUUACUUUUACGCGAAUUCCCCAAACCUCCUUUUAUUUUUUGUUAUUGGGUUUUGUUUUUGAUUACCUUGAAAAUGAUAACCAAGCUUGCCUCUACAAUCGGCAAGACGUGCAUUCUGCUCAGCCUUGCCCCGACCCUCGUGGUCAUCUGCGGUGUUGGCUGGGCUCUUACACCCAAGGCUGAAGCCGAGGCCAAUGUUGCUGCCAACCCCGCUUUCAACCAGAACAAAACCACCAAUACUUCUAGCGCCUCACACACCAAUGAGACAAAGGCGAGGGUUGGGUUUAUCGAAAUGGAGCCUGCACAGGCACAUGUUGCAGCCGAGCAAGCACUAACCAAAGCCCAGGCCAAUAAUGCGCCCGUGCAUGCUGCUCAGCGCAGCGAGGGCGAGAGCGAGGGCAAGGGCGAGAGUGAGAGCGAGAGCCUGCGCCGCAAGUUGGCUGUUUUCGAGUCCAAGCUAGCUGAAAGAGACGCCAGCAUUGCCGACCUCAAGGUCAAGCUGGGGCGCGCAGAGAAAGAUAACGCCGCCCUGCAAAUUAAGCUGGCUAGCACUGAAAGCAUGCUGCGUGUCCAACGCCAGAACGUCAAGUCACUGGAUGCCGAUGUCCGCAAGGCCGAGCGCGAGCUAAAGGAGGCUCGCACAAGCGCUGAAGAGCAGCAGCAGCUUGUUGUCGAGCUGCGCAACAAGGUUGAGCUGAGCCGUACUGUGCAAGCCAAGGCGCUCCAGCACGGCAAGCCGGUGUUUUGCAGCGGCAGCCUACAUGUUCAACGUCAAAACGUCAGAACCAUGUAUGACGAGGUCUGCAAAGCUGAGAGCGAGCUGAAUGCGGCUUGUGCAGUUACCGAAGCGCAACAUGAGCUUAUUAUCAAGCUGUGCAACGAGGUCAAGGCCGUGCAAGCAAGAGCCAAGGCCCAGCAGCCAGCGGGAAAGCCGCCGCGCGCUGGAUACUUUGGGGCAAUCUGCACCCCGCUGGCCAAGGUGGCUGGUAUUUCUCACGCAAGCAAGCCUGACAUUGCUGGGCCGAGUGCUACUUUCCUGGCCUUAAAAGAAAUAGCCGACUCACUCGACGAGAUAUUCCACCGCGGUGGCCGUGCUCAGACCAACCAGAUCUAAGGUGAGCUGGAUGCUCGCUUCGAGGCACACACUUGGCCACCCACCCAUCCAUUCAUCCACCCAUCAAGCGGCGUCAUUGGCAGCGUGCUAAAAUAAUAGCCACAGUUAGCACACCGCAACCAACGUGGAUCUGGGCUGACGGGAUCAGCCCAAUGCCACCUUUAAUUUUACACCGUUUAUUUUUCCAUUUCAUUCUUUCAUUCUUUCACUCGUUUUUUGUUUAAUGUCAUCAUGCUUUACUUUUUUA